AUGUCGCGAAUCCCUCUUCCCGUUCGUCAAGAGGAUCAAUCCCCCAGCCCCUUGCAGAACUCCACCAACUUACCACGCUCCACCUCGGUCUCCAACAUGAGCUCCACAAGCAGCUUCCGCGAUGCCACCGACACGCGCAAGCGUCAGUCCAAGCGGGACGAAGCCAUCCGCAAGAAGAUCGAAGGCGAACUCCAGCGCAAGUCGGGCAAACCUUCGACGCCCAUGUCGUCGCGCCGAACAAAGCGCACCGCUCGUCCGCCUGCUGCCGCUGCGGGCACCGUGUCUGCCCUCCGACCUCUGCCUGCACUCACCGUGCCGCAGUCCAUCAGCGUCGCCGAUGCCAGUCAGCUGUGUGCUGCCAAGCGCACUGACUGUGUGCUCGUGGUGGACGAGGACGAGCAUCUCGCCGGUAUCUUCACCGCCAAGGAUCUGGCUUUCCGCGUCGUCUCUGCUGGUCUGGACGCACGAAACACGCCCGUAUCCGCCAUCAUGACCCGCUCGCCCAUGGUCACCCGCGACACCACCUCCGCCACCGAGGCUCUCAACACCAUGGUCACGCGUGGCUUCCGUCACCUCCCCGUCUGCAACGAGGACGGCGACGUCGUCGGUCUGCUCGACAUCGCAAAGGUGUUUUACGAAGCUCUGGAAAAGCUCGAGCGUGCACACGGAUCAUCGCAGAAGCUCUACAACGCGCUCGAAGGUGUACAGAGCGAAUGGGGUGGCUCCGCCGGUCCUCAGCAGGCCAUGCUUCAGUACAUUGAAGCUCUUCGACAGAAGAUGAGCAUCCCCGACCUGACCACCAUCCUCGAUUCGCGCACCUUGCCCUGCUGCGUUGGCGUCCGAACCACGGUGCGCGAAGCAGCGCGACUCAUGAAGGAGCACCACACCACCGCCGUCUGUGUCAUGGAGUCCACCGGAUCCGGUCCCGGCACUGGCCAGAUUGGCGGCGGUGGCGCUGUCUCGGGCAAGAUCGCGGGUAUCUUCACUUCCAAGGAUGUCGUCUUGCGUGUCAUCGCCGCUGGUCUGGACCCCAAAACCUGCUCCGUCGUUCGUGUCAUGACACCGCACCCCGACACUGCCCCUCCCUCGCUCACUAUUCAAGAGGCGCUUCGAAAGAUGCACGACGGCAGAUACCUCAAUUUGCCCGUCGUCGAUGUAGACAGCCGUCUCGUCGGUGUCGUCGACGUCCUCAAGCUCACCUACGCCACGCUGGAACAGAUCAACAGCAUGAACGAGGAACAGGGUGGUGCCGACGGUGCCGCUGGUGGUCCCAUGUGGAACCGAUUCUGGAACUCGUUCGGUCAGACCAACUCGAUCGCCGGCGAUGACGAGUCGAUCGUCUCCGGAAGCAUGCGUCAAUCCGAAAGCCAGUUUGAACCGCCUACGCCAAGCAAGGUCGGUGGUGGCGUUGCCGAUCUCUCAUCGGAUCUGCAUCCCAACGAUUCGGCGAGCGCUGUCGGCCACCAGGUCAACGGCGAUGAUGGAGCAAGUGCUGUUGGUGUUCCCUCAUCAGCUGCUGUGGAGGCGGACGACGGUACGUAUCUGUUCAAGUUCGUUACGCCGUCUGGCAGGACACAUCGAUUCCAGGCGCGAUACGACAGCUACGAGACCAUCCGAGAGAUUGUCUGCAUCAAACUCGGUGGCGAUCCAUUCUUCGAUCCCGUUUCCGCCUCCAGUGCCCCCGCAUACGAUCUCGGGGAAGCGAACGGCGAUGCGCAGCCGUCUACGCCCGGUGCAGCUGAGGUGCCUGAUCCGAACGACUUCCAACUGGCGUACACGGAUGACGAAGACGACGUUGUGCUGAUCACCGCCGACGGCGAUGUGCAGGACAGCGUCAAGGUCGCACGCAAGCAAGGCAGGGACCGCGUCGUGCUGCUCUUGCAAGGCGGGCGUGGGUGGGAGGAUGCAGCUGCGCGCACGUCUACCACCGCCUCCGGUCUGGCCGCACGGAAACGUCAGCAGGCGAGGGAAAACGCAGAAGCGCAACUGCAGAGUGUAGCCGAAGAAGAGGAGAAGGAACACGUGGAAGAGAAAGAGGUGAGCAAAGUGAAGAAGUCGAGCGGUAAGGAGGAGGAGCUGUUGUUCGGUGUGCUGCAGAAGGAUUUGGCGUUGCCUGCGGCGAUCGGGUUCCUGGGUGUCGCCGUGUUGGCUGCUGUGGCGAUUACCAAGAGUGGUGCGGGCAAUAGGUGA